AAGAGGAAGGACAGGGAAUAAAAGCAAACAAGGGCUGGUAAUACAAAGAGCUACUAAUGCACAAAAUGAAAAGAGGAAUUGUUUCUGAACAGUUCAGUGCUUUGCUAUUACCUUAAACUGUUGCAGUAGGAACUUUGGAUUACUUUGAAAAGGGGCAGCUGAAAGACAGCGAGAGGGAGAUCCAGACCAAAAAAGGUGUUGAGUCAGAGUUGGAGAAACUGCAGGCUUAACAGACGCACGGCUAUGGGAAGAGAAGAAAAAGGAGAGACCCCGACAGACAUCCAGGCAUCUGACAGACAUACAAGCGAGGGAGAGUGUAAGUGACAGUAAACUGAGGGAGGGAUAGAGAAUAUGAUAAAAAAGAGGAUGUCUGUAUGAAAACCUUUGCUCAUGUUCUGUGAUCAAGCAGAACAGCUAGAAAGGAAAGGCAAUUGAGGAGGGGUUUGCAGUAGAAUUAGGUCGUGAUCUGGAGAAAGCCAUUACUAUAGACAUAAUUUUAAAGAGUCAAACCGGAGAAACUGCAAACUGAACAUUUAAAGUCAUGGACACCAGGGCUUCACUACAGCACUAAAACAAACAACCAAGCCCUCACCCCCUGGGAAAAAUGUCUGCGGGGCCUGACCUAGGUGCCUCUGAUCUGGCAGAGGGCCACCGGACCACAGGACCUGUUGGACUCCAAACACUGUUGGAUCUACUGGUUGGCGUCUAUCAGGAAUUCUACUCUUCACCCUUUGCAAGGGAGAAGUAUGUCUCUGGUUUUCUCCAGUGGGCUGAGCCUCUAGUAAAGGAGGUUAAGAAAACCCGCAUCAAAAGAGAAGACUUUCACAUCUUGAAGGUGAUUGGCCGGGGCACAUUCAGCGAGGUCGCAGUGGCAAAGAUGCGAAACACACAACAAGUGUAUGCUCUGAAGAUUAUGAAUAAGUGGGACAUGCUGAGGCGAGGAGAGACAGCAUGUUACCAAGAAGAGAGGGAAGUUUUGUUAAGGGGUGACAGACGCUGGAUCACAGAGUUGCACUAUGCCUUUCAAGAUGAUAACUACCUGUACCUGGUGAUGGAUUAUUAUGUAGGUGGAGACCUGCUGACUCUCCUCAGUAAAUUUGAGGAUCGGAUCCCUGAGGACAUGGCUCAGUUCUACUUGGCAGAGAUGGUUAUGGCUAUUGACUCAGUCCAUAGACUGGGUUAUGUGCACAGAGACAUCAAACCUGACAACAUCCUGUUGACAGCUGAUGGGCAUAUUAGACUGGGAGACUUUGGUUCCUGUCUGAGGCUACUUGAUGAUGGGAUGGUGCACUCGUCUUUAGCAGUCGGGACCCCAGACUAUUUGUCUCCAGAGAUCUUAAGAGCAGUUGAGGGAGGUGGAGGUUAUGGUCCUGAGUGUGACUGGUGGGCUCUGGGCAUUUGUGCUUAUGAGAUGUUGCUGGGGACCACACCUUUCUAUGCAGAGUCCAUCUCUGAAACAUAUGCCAAGAUCAUUCACUUUCAGGAGUAUUUUGAGUUUCCUUCUUCUGGCCCUGAGAUUUCAAAGGAGGCUCGUUCCUUCAUCAAUGAACUGAUCUGUGACAGGGAAGUCCGUCUUGGAAGGAAAGGCUCCAGUGAAUUUAGGAAUCAUCAGUUUUUCAGUGGACUGGACUGGAGUUCCCUGCAUAAAGUCCCUGCACCUUUCCUGCCUGAAGUCUCUAAUCCAACUGACACAUCAAACUUUGACAUCCUCGACGACUGUCUUAGUGAAAUGGAGACACUAUCUGAUGUAAUGGACAGAGCUCCAACAGGAGUACACUUGGCUUUUGUUGGAUACUCUUACACUGCUACCAGUCAGACAGGUGCUGUUGACCGCAGUCAAGAUAUCAUGAUGCAGAUAAACCACACCCAGCUUAGGGAAUGUGAGAAUCUGUAUGGACUCGAAAAACUGAGUCAGCUAUGGAAAGUUACAGACAAUCUACCAGACAAUCUGCCUCCACUGUUUGAGCUUCCACUUACUUUAGACCAAGAUGCUGCUGCAUCCACCCACACCACCACAGUGGAGGAGGCGAUAUCAGGACUUGAUGAAGACUUGCAGAGACCAUUUCAUGAAGCAGAGAUGCGAUAUUGUGAGCUGGAGAAAGAAAUGGAUAGAUUAAGGGAAGAAAUGCAGGAAUGGAGAAUCUCCAAGAAGACAGAGUUGAGUAGCUGCCCAUCAUCUCUUGCUCUGCCUGCCCACUGUGUGGAAGCAACAAGGGAUAGAAGGAAAGCACCUCCAGCCUGCCAUUACCCACUGGUGAUUCCUCUCCACCGCCACCUGCUCCUGUUCCACAGGAUUCGUCUGCCACAAGUAAAGAGUGAAUCAUACCUUCUGGUGUGUGCAGAAGGGGGGAAGCUCCAAAUAUGGAGGAGACACUUAUCCUAAGCUCUCUGAAGAUGUCACCACUAGAACAGGAGAAAAGAACUGAGCCUCUGUUUUUUGCUCACUCCUUGCCUGAGACCCUCACAGCUUUCCAAACUUCCACCUGAAAAGAAAAAGCAGGUUAAACACUGUUAAUAUCAACUGUUGUGAAUGUGUUACAGAAGAUAUGAAGAGAAAAGCAGUUGCUGGAAGCUAAUGAGGAAGAAAUGAUGAAGACAUCUUCUGACCUGCCCUGCCUGCUUACCAGCCUGAAAGUCAUAGAAGAAAUUUAUUGAUUUCAGAACACACUGAAUUUACUUUGUUGUGUGAACACUGAAAGGGAAACGAGUCGGAUAAAUUGCUCCCUAACACACUACCUUUACGCAUUUCAAACCAUAUUGCUACAAUUUUUUUGUAUUAUGUAUCAACACAGUUUGUAUUUGUGUUCCAUAACAAUGGUUUGCUGUGUGACCUUAGAACUGAAAUUGUUGACCACAAUAUCGGUUUAUGGCAGAUAAUCCAUCCCACCUCACAGGUGUGGCAUGUCAAGGUGCUGAUUAGACAGCAUGAAUAUUGCACAGGUGUGUCUGAGACUGCCCACAAUAAAAGGCCACUCUGAAAUAUGCCGUACAUGUGUAGCACAAUGACACACAUGUCGCAAAACCAGUCAGGAUCCGGUUCAGCUCAUGGAAACAAAAGUGUUGUGUUUAUAUUUGUGUUCAGUGUAACAAAUACUGAGACGUGUAAUAAUGUCGUGUGUUGUUCAUCUGAGGACGCUGCAAAGAACCAGAUUAUUUUUAUUAUCCUGUUUGUCUGUUAUGUGAACCUUUAGAGGAUGUACCUUAUAAUGACUGAGUGUGUUUAUCGCACUAUGUUAAAUGUAACUGUGAGCGACACGAGGCUUACUGCUCAUGGUUACCUCAUCAGUGGUGAAGUCAGCCAGCUUGAUGCAAGAAACAGGAAGAAGAAAAGGAUGAAAGAGCAACACACAGAUGAAAAACAAAAACAGACUUUCUAACCGACAGAGCUGAAAUCUGAACAUGUCACCAGCUGCAGGAGGCAACGCUCUGAACCACGUCGUUCCUCCUCCAGAUGGAGCUUUCACUGCCUAUAGUCUCUUGACAUACAAUGGUUGGAUUCUCCUAUGAUACUGUAUCAGCUGAGCCUCAAAUUCUUAUGAUCUCGAGCUUCUUCAGUCUCAGUGAAUCCUUAGUUGGCUCAGAUGCAUCAUCUGGUGUUUGAGUGUAACAAGGUGGUUGUAACACAAAAGGAGUUUAAACAGGUGAGUGUGGUUUGUAGUGUAAACUAAAGCAGCGUGUCCAACCAACCACAUCUCCAUCGCUCCACAGCUGCUGAGGGAGCUACAACCCUCAUUCAGCCUUUCACAGACAUACGGCAAUGAACUGUAUGAACAAUAAACUUUAUUCAUACACACAAAUCCCUUUAAGGUUGUGUCAGCGAGGGCAAACGUGCCACAUCAAAUACAUGGAGCUACAAGCUGUGGUGACCCACUGUCAGUAAGGGAGCUUUAUUGCACACACACACAGCAUCACAACAACAGUUACCUCAAGCUGCUUCUAUGUUAUAAGGCAAAGACCCUGCAGUUACACAGGGAAACAUUAGGUGACCGUCUGUGAGCGACAGUGGGAACCAAAGCCUCUAACAAACAUCCAUCGAUAGAUGAGGGGCAGACGGGCUGAAUGCAGAGAGGUCUACUAACACAUGUUGAGUGAAGAAGAAACACCCAGUGCAUUAUGGGGAACUUAGACCUAUAACUUAGACCGUUGCGCCUUAGCAUAUGCUACUUCCAGGGCAUAGCGCUUAGUUUCCGGUGUGAUAUUCGCUCCUUGUUCACGGUCGGGUUUUUCAACCAAAUGGACGAAUCAAGUGGCGAUUUACAUUUCUCGAGAUGUCAAAUGUAUCUGUAGAUGAUGUUGAUCGACUUGUCGAUAUUUUUUUCCCCCGCGCCUCAGAGAGAGACAGGAUUCAAAUUUUAUACUUCUCAGUAUUUGUAUACAGCGCUCCCUCGUUUAUCGCGGGAGUUACAUUCUAAAAAUAAAAUGC